GCGUUUUUAAAAAUCACUUUCUCCAGUUGAAACGUUCUCACAAAAACGUCAAUAAUAAACAUUUUAAUUUUUAUUAUUUUCCUGAGUGAGUGCAUUAUAAAAUAUUGAAAGGAUCUCGGAAGAACCUCUAGAAGAAUGUGCUGAAACCAUUCUAUGUGCCAGAAAUUAAAUUUAACAGCACCAGUCUCGCAGGCCAGAAAGCAGCUUGAAUCCAACUCAACUGGUCCACUGGGCAACUAAUUUAGUUAGUGUACAAUCUACAACACAAUGGCUGAUUUAAGACAUAAAGAAAAACAACUUGGUUCGCCCAGUACUGGAAGUGACGACGGCAACGAACCCAAUGAACCGAUAGGAGCUCAAGCAAAAGAACCUGAAGAUCCUGAUUUAGGGGAUUCUGCACAUUACGCUCCUGCCGAGUCGCUGUGGUAUCAUGGAAGACUUGACAGGUAUCAGGCAGAAGAAAGAUUAUGGAAUUCUAACAAGUUAGGAUCGUAUCUAGUCAGAGAAAGUGACAGGAAGCCUGGGUCUUAUGUUUUAUCUUAUCUAGGGCGUACUGGAAUGAAUCAUUUUAGGAUAACUGCUGUAUGUGGAGAUUUCUACAUAGGAGGCAGACAAUUUGUCUCAUUAAACGAUUUGGUCGGUUAUUAUACUGAAUGCAGUGAUUUGCUCAAGAGGGAAAAGUUGGUAAUUCCUGUGGCACCACCAGAACCUGUCAAUGAUAAAAAAAGGGUGGUAGCCAUAUUGCCUUACACCAAAAUGCCUGACACUGAUGAGUUGACAUUUAAAAAAGGUGAUAUUUUCUUUGUCCAUAACGAUAUGGAUAACGGUUGGUUGUGGGUUACUGCACACAGAACUGGAGAACAAGGAAUGAUAUUCAGAGAACUAGUUGAGGACUUAGAUGAUAGCAUAGAUCCAAAUACAGUAUUUCCUUGGUUUCAUCCAAAUUGUACAAAAAAUGAAGCUGUAGAUCUGUUAGUGAAAGCUGGUCCAGGAAGCUUUUUAGUGAGACCUAGUGAUAAUUCUCCUGGUGAUUACUCAUUGUUUUUUCAUAUAAAUAACCAAAUUCAACGAUUUAGAAUCGAAAAGAAAGGCGUUAGGUAUUUGAUGGGAGGCAGAAUCUUUGAAUGUUUAGAUGCAGUGAUCAACCGAUAUAGGAAGGAACAAAUCGUAGAGGGAUAUACUUUGCAACAUCCUCUGGUUGUUGAUGGUAGCAAACAACUGGAUUGGGUUCCAGAAAACCAAAAAGCCAAAUCCGAAGCGGAGAAAAUUUAUGCUACGCUUAGAGAAUGCAGAGAUCAGGCUGGAUUGAAGAAAAUGAGAGGCAUAAAGCAUCAAGGAUACCUUCAUAGAAAGUCAGACAAAGGCGCCAAAAAAUGGAAACUACUAUAUUUUGUCUUAUUAGUGGAUGGCGCCGAUACUCAUUUAUGUUUUUACGAAAACCCAAAAAGGACUAAGCCAAAAGGUUUGAUUGACUUGUCUUGUGCAUAUUUAUAUCAAGUUCACGAUAGCCUUUGGGAGAGGUCCAAUUGCCUUCAAGUCGUCGAAAGAGCACUGCCAUGUUUGGCCACUGCCACACAUUUAGCUGCACGGUCACCUGAAGAAUGCCAAGAAUGGGCCAAUGCUUUGAAACCAUUGUGUUUACCACAAUUGAGCAGAGCUACUGCAAAAGUUCCAAGAUUACGUGAACUUCGUUGCUUGACGCUUCAUGUAUUGGAUGCUCACAGACUACCAUAUAAAUUGGUUCCACUGCCCUAUGUUACAAUACAGUUCAAUGGUCAGGUUCGGAUAGCUAGAACACGAGCCAAGAGUACUCCGGAUCCUGUUUGGGAUGAAGAAUUUGUAUUCGAUGAUGUGCCAUGUGACAUAGUAUCAUUCUCCCUAACUGUGUAUAACAAAGGCAAACGAGGAAAAGAUACUGAAGUUGCUGAACUCCACGUAGACCUUUCAGCACUAGGCAAUGGCGAAGAACGUGAAGAAUGGUAUUCUUUGUCCGGCCUAACUCCAAUGGGCGAAUGGGGCUCCCUAAGGCUCAGAACUCGUUAUCUCCACGAUUUGGUAAUGCCCGCAGAAGAAUACAGCCCAUUGCAACAGCUCCUCUUAGAACCCGGUUUGGCUUCUGUUAAAACUUUGGCUGAAUUGUGUCAUGCCGAUAGGGCUCCUCUGGCUACGGCUUUGUUGAGAGUCUUUAGGGCGGAAGGACGCGAAACUGAAUUGCUCAGAGAACUCAAUACAGCGGAAAUUACAAGGGAAACUGAAACUAGUACUUUGUUUAGGGCAGCUUCUUUGGCUACUACUCUUAUGGAUUUGUAUAUGAAGGCCGAAUGUGGAGGGUUUUUGCAAGCAGCUGUUUUGGAAAUCGUGCUGAGAUUAUUAGAAAGUAAGCAAUCGGCAGAGUUGAAUCCUGCUAAAAUGGAUUCUUUGGAUGAUGCGUGUAAUAAUGCAGAGUUUUUACUACAGGUAUUGGAUCAAGUCACGUUGAGUAUUUUCACAUCGCCAGAUGCCUGUCCUCGUCCAGUACGUUACAUAUGUGGCUGUCUUCAAAAAGCUGCUGUAGCCAAAUGGGCUGACGAGAGACAUGUCAGAACCAGGGUUGUUUCGGGAUUCGUCUUUCUCAGACUAUUGUGCCCUGCAUUACUGAAUCCAAGACAAUUUGGAUUGGUGAGCGAACAACCUAGUCCUGCAGCUACCAGAAGCCUCGUGAUGGUUGCCAAAUGCUUACAAAAUUUGGCAAAUUUAAUUGAAUUUGGUGGCAAGGAACCCUACAUGGAAGUAGUCAAUCCCUUCAUACUUAAAAACAAGGAACGAAUGGUUGUGUUCUUAGAUCAAUUAUCAGCUAUUGGUGAUCCCGGUGAACCUAGGAUUAUGUCCAAACCGGACACUGCCAAAGAACUGGCAACUUUGCAUCAUAUUUGCGUUGCUCAUUUGACGGAAUUACAGGCUGUGGGAAAAAUGAAUCAGUCCAUAAAAACUCUAGUGACUGUGACAGAGAUGUUAGCUAAGCACAAACAAAAGUAUCUGGAGAUGAUAAGGUAGUCGAUAGUUGGCCAGAAGAAGUUGGAAUUAGCAAUGAAACGAUUUGAAUAAGAAUCUUAAUGAUCAAUGGGGUUUUUGUUAAUGUUUUUACAAACUAAGUCAAUUUUGAAACUGUCCUCAAGUUUACAUUUUAGACAAAAUCUGUGUGUUUAUAGAAUGCUUAACAAAAACUCAAAUUUGAUCAACUAGCAUUACACUAAGGCAGACUUUUUUUGAAGUUAAUGUAGGUGAAAAAUCUCAGGAAGUAGAUUUAAUAGCGUUCGAAUACAAUUACCAAUUAAGGAUUUUUCUACACCGAAAUCUCUCAGGACUGAUUCAACAUUAUUUUAAAUUUUUGAUUUUGAAUCGAGUCAAUAGACCUAUCUAUUUUACCAGACAAAGAGGUAAUAAUACGAAAACUUUAUUACAUAGAAAAAGACGCAGAACGCUUAUGUUGCAAGACGAGGCAAAACAUACCAAACCAUGUUAGACUUAUGUAUAGCAAUCCAUUCUUAUUCUUUGCACAGGAUAGAAAGGGAAGGAGGAAAACCGCGUCACGUGCAACGUAUUUGUCAAUCAAAAACACAAACAAUUGAAAAUCGAUCACUUGUCAAGCUACGUCAAGUUAUUUAUCAACCAUAAUUCUGAUCCUUGUCACACCACGGGCAAUGAAAAAAGACAAGCAGAUGCCUAGAGUGCAAAACGAACACCUCUCACCUGUAUUAGUUAGCCAAUAAAAAUGCAUUGCCUCGUGUUGCGCGCGCAUACAGGUAAAAAUAGAUAGGUCUAUUUGGAUAUAAAAAAAAUUGCAUCUUAUCUGUCUUAUUGUAACCUAGUUUUAAUACCCUACUCUCAUAUACAUGAUAGUGUAGCGUGUAGAAAUAAUUUAUGUUAUUUCUCAAUGAACAAAAAGACUGUUUAUUCCCAUUCUAAGUCAGAUUCCUAACAUUAGAGUUACGUCAAUUGGAGGUAGAACAUUUUAUGUAUUAUUGAACUUAUUUGUUGCUCAGUGCUCAAAAUAAUUGAGCAUUCAUUAUAUGCAUAGUACAAUAUAGAAGGUUAACUCAUGUAUUAUAUACUUGGCUUUGCCCAUAUAGCUUCUAUAAAUGAUUUUUAGGUUCAUCCAUGUGACGAAUAUUGUGAUUUCAGAAAAACACGUGCAACUACAGCAGAGACUUCUGUUAAUCUUUAGCCUAAAAAUAAUUAUUAUUGUUUCUCAAUGAGGAAUUUUUUGUAUAAUUAAUUUAAUGUCUGUUAUGUUUUACACCUUGGCAGAGAAAAAAAUGUCCUUUAUUUUAGUUGAAAAUACCUUCCAUAUUUGUACUAUAUCUAUAUGAACUUUAAAUUGUAUCCUAUCUCUAAAGGUUAUUAUUUUACUCUACUAACCCACAUAUUUAAUAAAAAUAUUCCUUUAUACUAUACCUAAAACAUUAAGGCAAAAUUCUAAGUGUAUACUGAUAUUUUUAUGUAAGACAAUCUGUAUUUUUGUCAAAAAAUAGGCGCUUGAAACUAAAUAUAUUUUGUUAUGUACUGCUAAAAACAUUGAUAAUUAUAUUUAUAGGGCUUGAUAUAAAUUAUUAUGGAAUCUCUCAAGUCAGUAUACAGUAUUUUAUAAGGUGCUAGUAAGUUUUCCAUUAUCCAUUUAAUUUAUAUGUAAUAAUUUCAAAGCCAAACUCAUUUUGCUUCUUGCAUAUUCCCUUAUCUCAUGUUAUCAUAGUGUGUCAUAUAUUAUUAGCUUGUAAGUGAAAAACUCGUUUUUAUAUUCUGCAUUUAAAAUUACAUAAUACAUAGUAUGACAAUUUUAUACUUAUUAUUUCGUUUUUUGUUUGUUUUAUACACAUUGAAAUUUAGAGAAAAAAAUAAAUAGUUAAAUUUGAAAGGAAUUGUUUCAUUUUGAAGGCCAGUAUCUAAAAAAAUUAACAACCUAUAGAGAAACUUGUAGAACAUGACUGUUUUGUUUAAGAAACUCUUAAGGCUUUUUGGCUUAUUUUAGUAAUAUAAUAAUGUGCAGAGCAAUCUACAGAAUUUGAUCUUGUCUAUUUUUUAUUACUGAUAUUUCGUUUAUUAUAUGCGCACACAGUUUUAUGCUGCUUUAUCCAAGAUCAGAAAUAAUACAUUCUCAGCUGAAGAGUAGGACUCGCUACGCGAUCCGUAAAAAUAUCGUUCGGUUCGACUAUACUACAGCAAAACUGCCCUUAUUUUUUAUUAAUGGAACAGACUUCUUCAAGACGAUAGACACAGAAUUUAAU